AUGUAUAACCCAGCCAGUCAAAUCCAUCCAAUGGCCCACUCCCUCCAAGUGCCUGAUACCACAGACCUCCCUCCACCACCACCCCAAAAAUCCGCGCUCGACCGUGCCUUCACAGGAACAUCACCGCCUGCAUCUAGCCCGCUCCGUCGUAGCAGUAUGACCCCUUCGUCUUCCCCCGACACUAAUGAUGAAGCCAUUAGCAAGGGCGCUAUACUGUCUUCAACUCCACCAACACCAGCACCGGCCGCAGGAGUCGCCGCUAUCGCUGCUGCAGCAUCACCUCCCGCCGCAAAAUCCGGCCGUCGAUCUUCUAAACUGUUUGGCAAGUUUGUCCCCAAAUUCUUGCAGACUUCAUUCGGACCCAACAACCCUUCUGGUGGCUCUGGUUCGUCCCCUCGAUCUGCAGCCUCGGCUUCUCAGUCAUCUGUAUUAGGCGUGGCUCGUCCUGGUCGAUCUGCAAGUUUUACGUCUGGGUUUACUACGACGUCGAGUGUCACGACAGCUGUGGGAUCGACUAGAGCUGUUCCUGGAUCUGUUGGUAUGGGCGGCAAUAGCAAGGGAGGUGCGUUACCGCAGUUGCCAGAACUCCCAGACUUAUCACCCUCUGUCCUGUCAUCGAAUGAGGAUUGGCUGGGACUUCAGAGUGGCACCUCUGACAAGGACAGGAGGAUACCCUCACCUGUGUUAUCGGCUUCGCCAAUCGCCACUAUCGCUCUCGAAAGUGCCCAGCAGCAGCCACCUGCUGUUACUUCUCAGUUCAACAUGUCGAUUGUUGCGAUCGAGGAGCGGGAAGGGUCCUUGCGUUCCAGUCAUUCUUCCACACACGAACUCAGGACCUACGAUCACGAACUCGAGCGACCGUUACCUGCCAUGCCCCAAGAAGACUUUACCUACCAGAAGCAGCAAGGCCACCCAUUCCACAUGUACAACAAUAACAACAACAACUACAACAACAACGACAACAACAACAUCAACAACAACAACAACAACAACAACAACAACAACAACGGCGGCGGCCAAGACGAAGACGAUUACCAAAAGUACGAGUCCGGAUCUCCCUACAUCAUCGACGAGAGCUGCGACGACGACUUUUUCUUAAAUUCUGUCCUCCGCAAGAAAUCCUCCAUCAACAGGAAUUCUACUUCAUCCUCGUCGUCGUCGUCGUCUCCCUCGUCCCGUCCACAACCUCCCCCCUUCCUCUCAACUGGCAACUGGCGCGGGGGCCCCACCCCAUCGCUCUCGGCAGCCUCGUCCUCCUCACAAGCGUCCUCUAUGGCCCCGUCCCCUACAUCCCCUUACCCCUCCUCAUCGUCCAUAUAUACCUCGACUCCAACACCCGUCUCUGCCACCGCCGUCACUCCCCUCCCUUACCGAACCAUCGGCAGUACGACACAGACAGGGCUGGACGAGAAGCGGACGCGGUUAAGGGACGCGGUUGGUGAAUGGCGUCGAUCUGCGAAUGCGUCCAUGAACUCUUCGUCGUCAUUCGAUAUCGAGUCGACUUCUUCUCCUGUCACUGGCUCGACUUAUUCUGGCUUUGCCUUGUAG